UCCGCGAGAGGUGGGAGUCAAAAUGCGCAUGCGUAUUGAAACAGGAAGUGAAAGUAGAUGCAAACACGACAGAAACGGAAAAUAUUAGUGAAAAAUGAUGUUUUACAAUAGAUUUACAGUUAAUUCAUAGACACAGUUACACCAAAUAGAUAAAGAUGAGUAGUAUGAAGGACAACAAAGAUCUUGCCUGUUACUUCAUCACCAAACAUUCAUGGAAGGGCAAGUACAAAAGAAUUUUCUCAGUGGGGACUAUGGGCAUAACCACGUACAAUCCACAGUCCCUGGAGAUAACCAACCAGUGGCCAUACAGGGAGUUCUACAGUAUUGUACCUAACCACAAAGCUCCCGCAAACAAUGAGUUUCUCAUUACCAUGAUGAAAGGACCGAAGAAAACCGACACCAUGAAGUUUUCUACAGACCACAGAGCUGAUCUUCUCACUGAGGCACUGAGGUUUCGUGACCAGUUUGCAGACAAGACAUUCCAGAAAAAGAGAUUUAAUGCAUUCAAACAUCAUUGGUCAGACUCCAGGGUACCAAUCAUUCUGCAAGUAUCCCAGAGUUCCCUGGACCAGGUAGACCAGAGGACAGAUAAAAUUCUUUGUUCCUAUGACUACAAGGACAUGGAAGGCCUUGCACAGAUAUCGGAUUACCCCGGUGGUGUUGCUGUCAUUCAUGGUGGUUUCAAUAGACUGCACAUAUUUGCACUUGAACAACGAGAUGAUCUCAUUAAAGCAGUGAUGGAGUCAGCAGCUAACUAUGUUGGCAUAGCGAUCAAACAGAGAAAACAGCCUCUGAACUUUGACCAGGCUCAAACACACAGGCUUGGUAAAUAUAGUACUGACGAAGCUCUUACAUCAUAUGCUGAGUUCACUGUACAGAAAGUAUCACCACGGCACACAGAUCACGUGCGACGGACACUGUGUCUCACAGAAACCUGUCUAGUAGAGCGUGAUCCAGGAACUUACAAUGUCACCACCUGUAAACCAUUAUGUGAUAUUUUUGCCAUAAUUAGAGAUCCUGAAAAUCCACAAGAGUUUUCUAUAGAGUAUGUAAAAGGAGCCAUUAGAACAUACAUGUCCACUGACAGGGAUGCACUGAUAGCAUCAGUUUUAGAUGGUGUGAGGGCAUCUGGUAACAGAGAUGUUUGUGUACGGAUGACUAGGACUUACAGGGGAUACAGAUUAGGUCCUUUCACAGUGCCAGUAGAUGAAGAAGUAGAAAGUCAACACCUUAAAUUUAUCAAGGACCCUCCUGAGGGGAUGACAUUUAACAUAGCAGUGACUAGGUUUAACAGCAAUGUGUCCUACAGUGGACUGCUUCAUGCUGUCACCCAAGAUAGAUUAUUUGCAGAGAACAAGGAGAAAUUGAUCAAUGGAGCCCUGGCAAGUCUACUUGAACAAGAAGGAGAUCAGAAUGUAAUCAGUAUAGAGAAUUUAGAGGCACAGUUCCAUGCUCUACGUCGACUGGUCGCCUCUAAAGCAGGAUUUGGCGCUUUCACACAAUUACCAAAGAUGAGGGAAAAGGUUGGAAUUAAGGUAGUGAAAGCAUUGAAGCGCAACAAUGAAGGUAUACGCCACGCUGCCCUGGACAUGUUGUGUGCGUUGAUGCAGCCUAUGCAUGAUGAUUAUGAUCUACGGCAGGAACAACUCAACAAAACUUCCUUAUUGUCAUCACAGAAAUUCCUGAAAACUCUGCUAGAGAUGUUCAAUGAACAUGUGGUACACAAUACAGGUGCUCUAGUCAUAUCAGCCAUGUUGGAUUUUCUCACUUUCUCGCUUUGUGCUCCGUACAGCGAGACAACAGAUGGCGGUCACUUUGACUCCCUGCUUGAAAUGGUGGCUGCCAAUGGAAGAAUUGUGUUCAAACUGUUUCAGCAUCCGUCUACAGCUAUAGUGAAAGGUGCAGGACUGGUCAUGAAGGCAAUCAUUGAGGAAGGAGAUGCAGAAAUUGCAGCAAAAAUGCAGGAUCUAGCUUUAGCAGAGGGAGCUCUACCAAAACAUUUACAUACAGCAAUGUUUACACAGUCAGCAGACAACAGGAUGCUUACAAACAGGCAGUUGAGUCGGCACUUAGUUGGUUUAUGGGUUACAGGCCAUCCUACUGCCAUGGGAUUGCUCCGACGAUUAUUGCCAAGUGGGCUACUGGGCUAUCUAGACUCAGCUGAUGAAGUGCCGAUACAUGAAGAUGACAAACUCCAUAUUCGGGACAAUGUCAAACUUGCUCAGGAUCAUCAGAACAAACAUAAAAAGAAUUUACAUAUACAGAUGAUAGAGAAAAAAGUAGAUCAAGUGUUACAGCACUGGAGAGCUAGGAUUGGUUUAGAGAGUAAACAGUCCAAAGAACAAAUGCCAAUUACGUUGCGGAAGAGAAGACAGCGAAUAAAGAGUGAAGCCAACUGGCCAUUGUUUUACUAUCAUUUCAAUAGGGACCAUUCAAAACCUAAUCUCAUUUGGAACUACAAGACGCGGGAGGAGUUAAGGGAGGCAUUUGAGAAUGAGAUGAGAGCAUUCAAUGUGGACAAAGAGCUGGGCUCUAACUGUAUUAUUGGAUGGAAUCAUCAGGAAUUUGAAGUGCAAUACCAUUGUCUAUCUGAUGAAAUCAAAAUAGGUGAUUAUUAUUUACGUCUGCUGUUAGAAGAAGAUGAAAAUGAAUCAGAAGAAGUUAGUGCAAUAAAACGAUCGUACGAGUUUUUCAAUGAUCUCUACCACCGGUUUUUGUUGACCCCAAAAAUCAACAUGAAGUGUAUGUGUCUACAAGCAAUGACAAUAGUGUAUGGCAGAUGUCAUGAUGAAAUUGGUGCUUUCAACGAUACCAGAUAUAUAGUCGGCAUGCUAGAAAGGUGUACAGACAAGUUGGAAAGAGACAGACUGGUCAUGUUUCUCAACAAACUCAUUCUACAUCCUAGAAAUGUCAAAGAAAUUAUGGACGCCAAUGGAAUCAAAACUUUAGUUGACCUCCUGACCUUAGCUCAUUUACAUAUCACCCGGGCAACAGUUCCACUACAGACAAAUGUGAUAGAGGCAGGAGCAGACAUGAAACGAGAAAGCGAGAAAGAAUGGUAUUAUGGGAAUAAAGAUAAAGAACGGCUGGGACCAUAUAGUUAUGAAGAGCUAAAGAGAUUUUAUGAUGAGGGAAUUGUCCAUGCCAAAACCCGAUGCUGGGCCCAGGGAAUGGAUGGAUGGCGCCCAUUACAGUCUGUGCCACAGUUGAAAUGGACUCUGCUAGCCACUGGUCAAGCAGUUAUGAAUGAAAGUGAUCUAGGAUGUCUUAUACUAAAUAUGUUCAUUAAAAUGUGUGAAUACUACCCCAGUAGAGAUGUAGAUGGUGCUAUAGUGAGACCUCUUCCAAGAAUUAAAAGAAACCUCUCUGACCCCAUGUGUCUUCCCCAUGUUGUACAGUUGUUGUUGACUUUUGACCCCAUCCUGGUUGAAAAAGUAGCCUGUUUGGUGUAUGAAAUUAUGGCUGACAAUCCAAAUGUUUCCCGGCUUUAUUUGACUGGAGUAUUCUUCUUCAUUAUGAUGUAUACCGGCUCAAACGUGUUACCCAUUGCAAGAUUCCUGAAGUAUACGCAUGUGAAACAAGCAUUCAGAUCAGACGAGAACCAGAGCUCGGACUUGAUGUCACGGAGUGUGUUAGGCCACAUCUUACCAGAAGCCAUGGUGUGUUACCUAGAGAACUACUCAGCUGAAAAAUUUGCUCAGAUUUUCCUCGGGGAGUUUGACACGCCUGAGGCAAUUUGGAAUGCUGAAAUGAGACGUAUGAUGAUAGAGAAGAUAGCGUCACACCUUGUUGACUUUUCACCUCGACUUAUGAGUAACACGCGAGCACUGUACCAGUACUGUCCUAUACCUGUGAUAAACUACCCACAGCUCGAACAUGAGCUCUUCUGUAAUAUAUACUACUUAAAGCAUCUCUGUGAUACAACCAAAUUCCCAGACUGGCCCAUUAAAGAUCCGGUGAGACUAUUGAAGGAUAUUUUAGAAGCGUGGAAGAAGGAGGUAGAGAAGAAACCGUCCACCAUGUCUAUAGAGGAGGCAUACCAGGUGCUCAAUCUUAAAACAGGUGAUGGAGGACAUGAAGAAAGUAAAGUGAGGAAAGCAUAUUUCCGGCUGGCCCAGAAAUACCAUCCUGAUAAAAAUCCUGAGGGCAGAGAAAUGUUUGAGAAAGUGAACAAAGCGUAUGAAUUCCUGUGUAGUAAAUCCAAAAUUACUGAUGGUCCUGACCCACAGAAUAUAGUGCUUAUAUUGAAGGCUCAGUGUAUACUAUUUAGCAGAUACAGAGAUGAGUUACAUCCAUACAAGUAUGCGGGAUACCCAAUGUUGAUCAAAACUAUCAAAAUGGAGACCAAUGAUGAUCAGUUGUUCUCAAAGUCGGCUCCGUUGUUAGCAGCAGCUAGUGAACUGGCAUUCCAUACAGUGAACUGUAGUGCCCUCAAUGCUGAGGAACUACGCAGAGAAAGUGGUAUACAGGUUUUGCAAGAAGCAUUUACAAGAUGUGUAAAUGUUCUAGGUGCUUCCAGUAAACCAGAAGAUCUUGCUGUCCAGGUGUGCAUCAACAUAUCAAGGUGCUAUUCUGUAGCUUCCCAGUUCAAAGGAUGUAGAGAGAGGAUACAGGAGGAACCUACCAUCAUUCGGGAUUUAUGUAGAAUUUUGUAUUACAAGAACCUGACCAAACUAUGUACAGUAGUAGCGGACUGUAUAAGUGCAUUCUGUGUUGACUUUUACCUCCAGUCUCAGUUGUUUCAAAGUGGUGUAUUAUGGCAUUUGUUACUCUAUUUAUUCAAUUACGAUUACACGCUCGAAGAAUCAGGAGUUGAAAAAAGUGAUGAAACGAAUAAACAAGAAAUUUCUAAUCAGUUAGCAAAAUUGUGUAUACGAGCUUGUGCCCGGCUUGGAGGAUAUUAUGUUCAACAGGAUAAAGAAGAAAAUCCGCCUGAUAAUCCGGCAGUGAAGAAAUCAUUGUCAGCCAUGUUGACACCUUAUCUGUCUCGGAAAUUAGCCAACCAGGAAUCAGCUGAAUUGCUGAAAAUACUCAACAGUAAUACGGAGAGUCCCUACCUGAUCUGGGAUAAUGCUACACGAGGACAGUUAACAGAAUUCCUUGCUGAUCAGCAGCAACAGAUGAUCAAAACUGGUGAGUGUGACCCAGAUUUCGGUGGUAUGUUUGUGUUUGAGAUCCAUGCCAAGGAACUGAUUGUUGGUGAGAUUUUUGUCCGAGUCUACAAUGAACAACCAACUUUCCCAUUAGAGAAUGCAAAAGGUUUUACCAUAGAUCUCUUAGAUUUUCUUGGAUCUCAAGCUCAGUAUCUGCAUUCCUUGUUGAUGUUGAAACAGUCCAACCAGAAAUCCUCAGAAGGUCAGGGUUCCAGUCAGCUGAGUCGGUUAUCCCAGGUGGAGAUGGCACUUGAAGCUCUCAGAAAUGUGAUAAAGAACAAUCCAGGUGUAGAGAUACAGUGUAUAGGCCACUUUAAGCUGUUAUUUUGUUUACUGAGGUUAGAUAACUGUGCCAGGCUACAGCAACUUGCUCUAGAGGUUGUAAGUUGUGUGUCGGCUAACCAGGAAUGUGUAAAAGAUAUUGCAGCAGCAGAAGUUCUCAGUUACCUGUUAUUAGCUAUACAGGCUCUGCCAAACUGUCGUGUUCUAACACUAGAAAGUUUGGCUUCCCUCAUGUCCAGUACCAAAAUAGUUAAAGAGGCUCUAGCUAAAGGAGCCACUGUCUAUCUGCUAGACCUGUUCUGUAACGCCACAAAUCCUGCCGUAAGAGAAAAAACUGCCGAACUCUUUGCCAAAAUGUUGUCUGACAAACUGGUUGGUCCUAAAGUAAGAAUUAUUCUUGGUAAAUUUCUACCAGGAAUAUUUAUGGAUGCUAUGAGAGACUCGCCAGAAGCAAGUGUUCAUAUGUUUGAAGGUACGCAUGAAAACCCAGAGUUGAUUUGGAAUGAUGAAUCUAGAGAAAAGGUUUCAGGGGAGGUCAAGAGGAUGAAAGAUCAGCAUUAUAGAGCACAACGAGAUAACCCAGAUAUCAAAUGGAACCUUCCAGAAGAGUUCAAUGUUGUAUAUAAUGAAGUGGCUGGUGAACUUGUAGUGGGUGGGGUAUUCUUACGUCUGUUCAUUGCCAAUCCUGGCUGGGUGCUGAGAAAACCAAAGGAGUUCCUCACAGAAUUGUUAGAACUGUGGUCAAAAUUAGUGGCUUUAGAAAGACCAGAUGGUGAGAAGCUAGAGACUGUGACAACAGCAGUAGUUUGUCUGUUUUCAAGUAACACAAGUCUGCUUGACCAGGUUCCGUCCCUCGGAUAUAUCCCAAAAGUUUUUGCAGCAAUGAGACAAAAGAAUGAUGCAAUACCAAAAAGUGCAAUACAAGUGUGUCAUCAACUCGCCUCUAGUGAGAUUUGUAUACGAGCUAUGGCUCAGGUUGAAUGUGUAGGACCUAUUAAAAUAGCAAUGAAACUACGGCGUGAUGCAAUAGCUCUAGCUGCCGAGGCCCUGAGUAAGAUGUUUGACAAAGGAGAAGAAGAGUUAGUGUCUCAGGCUUUAAAGACAGAAAUGGUACAAUUUUUACUGAGACUUUUAGAGGCAGGUCUUGAAGCCCUUGACAACCCGGCGUCCACCAAGGCUCAGAUUGUUAAAGCUCUCAAAGCCAUGCAGAGAAGUCUUCUAUAUGCAGAACAGAUCAAUACAAUUCUCGAUGCAUCAACAACCUGGCGCGAUUACAAGGAUCAGAAGCAUGACCUGUUUAUCUCGGACACACAAAUUUCAGGAUAUCUCACAGAACAGGCACAUCAAGGCCCUACUGGACCCAAUGUGGCAGGAUAUCUGACUGCUGGUACCCGGUCCACCAUGCCAGACAAACCUCCACCUCUAGACCACCAUGAGGACCAUCACUGAUGAUAUCAUAGAUGUUAUACUUGAUCAAAAUGAUGCCAUGAACAGCAGUAACUGAAGCCAAAAAAAGUCAGCCAGAUAUUUCUCCGAGAUUUUAAAUGUAAAAUUUGCUAUAAUUUCUGUUCUAAUGAGUCAUUUUGAACAUAGAAAUUUUGGAUUUGUUACUGCUUAGCCAAUUUUUCAAUUGUCGUCUGCAUGUUAGAACGGAAUACAUGACAGAACAGUUAUAAAAUGCAGUAAAAGAUGUAGUGAAAGUGAAAUAGAAUUGCAUUGAAAUUGCAUUGCUGUAAAUGUGCUAAAAACAAAGAAGUAAAAACAAAGAAGAAGAAAAUCAGAAUUCCGAAAAGAAGACUUUUUUUUUGAGCGCUAGAAGUAAGUCUGGGUUAAGUGAACUGGUUCUGACAGAAAGAUUUAAUAAACUGCCCAACAAAUACUGGUAUUAUUUGUAAUUUCCUGUGUUGUAUAAAUACUCAGAUGUUUUCUCAUACCUGUUAGAAUUCAUAGUUUCAGAUGAAAUAAAAAUGAUUAUGCAUUGUGCACAACCAGUUCCUAGUCGGCUUAACCAAUGUCAAAAUUUGUUGUUUAUAUUGUAAAACCUAUAGAACAGUCCAACCCGUCGUAAACAGCCACUCUGACAGUAAGUAGAAAUUGUCUGUAACCGCAGGUGACUACUCGAUAGAGAUCAAUUUAUGUACUAGAAUAAAUGAAAAAAUGGGUUCCUGAACGUGUAGUUGCCUAUGACAGGUAAUUGCUUAUUAAAAGUGGCUGUUUGAAUAUAUUAAUUUAGAAAUAAUGUAUAGAAAAACUGUGUUUUAACGUUAUUAAUACACGGAAAGAGGUUAUACAUCUGCGAAAUAACUUCACAAUGGCAUAGCCCGAGUGAAUCAUUCCGGCGAUGUAUGACCAUAUUUUAAGUGUAUUAAUUUAGGUAAAACAGUAUUUUGCUAUAUAGAUUAUUUCUAUUCUAAUAUGCCCUUAAUCUAAAACAGUAGAUAAAAUAUAGUAGCGCUCUUUCUUUGUCGCAACAAAAACAUUGACGUCAUUGCAUGUUAGCGUGACGUUAUUUUAGCGUGAGCAUGUUUUAACAGAAACAAUCAUAUUAGAAUGGUAAAUAGGUGAUUUUAUUUUGUGUAAUCUUAGAAUAAUAAUACAUAAAUGUUUGUUAUAUGAGCCGCGCCAUGAGAAAACCAACGUAGUGGGUAUGCGACCAGCAUGGAUCCAGACCAGCCUGCGCAUCCGCGCAGUCUGGUCAGGAUCCAUGCUGUUCGCUAACGGUUUCUCUAAUUGCAGUAGGCUUUAAAAGCGAACAGCAUGGAUCCUGACCAGACUGCGCGGAUGCGCAGGCUGGUCUGGAUCCAUGCUGGUCGCAAACCCAUUAUGUUGGUUUUCUCAUGGCACGGCUCAUAUAAAUGUUAUAACUAUUUUCCUGUAUUACUUGUUUACAUGUGCAUAUAAGUUAAACAGUCAUAUAGGUGUACAGACAAAUUUAUAUAUAUUGUAAUUAAUAAUGUUCUUUUUUAUGUUACAAGUUGUUAGAUACAUACAAUGUAUAUAUUUGUUAUAUAUAGUCAUGGUACAGAUUGACACCAAAAAAAAUCAUGUUAUGCAUGGAUGUUUCAUGUUAUGCAUGGAUGUUUUAUAUACCCGGGAAUGUCAGAAGUCAUGUAUGGUUUGUAGGUAUAAUAUUCCAGUAUAAUUGCUUCAACUUUUUAAUUAGAUAUGUAUGUGUUCAAAUAGUUUGGUAAAAUGAGUGUUUUAAACUGUAUUGAACAGAAGUUCCUUGAGGGAAUCUUGCAGGUAUUUAUUUAAAGAGAGAUUUUAUCAAAUUUUUCCUACAGUUACGAAUAUUAUUUUUAUUGCGGAAUAAUCACAAGUUACUCAUUGAUAUUUUUUGCAGUUUGUUCACAGAUUCGCUUUUGCAAAAAAACGAAUUUUAUGUUUUCUUAAAAUGUUUUGUGAUAAUUGUUAUUUAUGUCAUAAAACUCAGUCACAUGUACAUCUCGCCUGUCUGGGACUGUCCGUAUGUUCAUGUUUAUUCAUGGUUUUUUCUUCACUUAGCUUGCAAGGCACAUCCUGGAUAAUUGACUCUUUCCACUCUUAAUUUUGUCAAGACUGCAUAAAAACAAUUGACUAUUUUAUAUUUAUAGAGUGGGUUAUUAUUUCAAGAACUAUCUUGGGUGUCCAGGAAUUCUUGUCUCUACUACAUAAAUAUGUUUGCCAAAGCCUCAAAAUUUCCCAUUUAUAUUUUAUUUUUCCUCUAAGUUCACAUAAAAAGUGUACCUCUGGUCUUCAUACAGAGUACUUCUGUUUCAAGUAUAUAGUGCAUCAUUGGUUUAUUAUCAUACCAGAUUUAUAUAGUGCCAUUUUCAUGAUAAACACAUGCAAAGAUGCUUUACAUAUAGCAAUCUUAUCUUCAGUUCAUAAAACAUCUUUAUUUAUAUCCCUUUAUUUCCAUAAAUCAUUAAAUGAAGAUGAAAUUGUGGGUUGGAUGGAAAAAUGUCCUAAUUCGUUGAAAAUGACACCUUACAGUAGGUUUCCUUCAAGCAUUCAAAGUAUGUAUUCUUGUAAAUAUUGUAUAUUGUUCUUAUAUAAGCAGACAGUUUGUGACUGAAGCUAGAAAAUGUCUAGAUUCCACAAGUUUGUUAUGCGACAGUCUAGUGUGGAGAAGGUGCAAUAGGCAUAAAAUGAAGAAAAUAUGCUUUUAUCUAGAAUCAUUCAGUUUAUGAUAAAUGCAGACUAUUUACUGGUAAAUGUUUGUAAGUAUUAAUAGAUUUUGACCAUUUCUCCCUCAAAAAUAGUAAUCUCUGACGUAAUACGCCUAAAAUGUUCAUUCAUUUGAAGGCAAAGGUUUUUGACUCCUCUAUAAAAGAUGCUAUCAAUUUAUAACAUACCCAUACUUUUGCAUCUUUAAUCAAGGGAACAUGUGUUUGUUAUGUUCAGUUUGAAUUUUGUUGGAAAAUAUGAAGAUAUAGGUAUAGUGGGGAAAUUCUUUGCACAACUGAGAAAUAGUUUAUAAAACUUGUGUAAUAAACCGAUUACAUUCAAAUCUACAUGCGUCUGUUUUUUGCCUGCUAUUUAAAACUUUUAUUCUGCUUAUAUUUAAUGUUAUUGGGACUUUUUGGUUUUAUGCUUGCAAUACAUAUGUUAUCUGGCUUUGUUUAACUCUGGUUACUUUUUAUUUCUGCAGGAUAAGUGAAAUUUUGUUCAUUUUUGUGUAAAUAUUAGUAUGUUUCCACAACUUUUAGCUCAAAUCUGUAUUUAUUUACAAAUUACUGUUUUGAUGCUAUACAAAUGAUGCUAUACCUCAUUUGCUUUAAUAUGUCUUCUUGUGUAUACAGUAUAUCAGAUAGGUGUAUGAAUUAUGAUACUUCUAGUCUGUAAACAUGUAUUAACUUCUUUUCAUUAAAUCUAGCCUUGCUCAUGUAGUCACUCUAAAUUAUAUAAGUUAACAGAUGUAUAUUUUAAAUCAAGUAUUGCAUGUAAUACAGAUUGUUUAAAUUUUGGAAACGUGUCUGGUAUAAUGGAGGUGCAGUUGAUUUAUACUAAUUUAUUUUUGGUCGAUUGUGAAGCAAGUUCUAAAACUUAUUUUAAUCACACAAAACCUCAUUCCUGAUGGAAAUAAUGGCCAUGUGGGUAUGAGAGAAGUUAUAUUACUGAAGGUUCUCAGUGGCACAGUGGUUCAAGUCACUGACUGAAGGUUCUCAGUGGCACAGUGGUUCAAGUCACUGACUGAAGGUUCUCAGUGGCACAGUGGUUCAAGUCACUGUCUUAGAAUCACUUGCCCCUCACUGUGAGUUUGUAACCGCAUUUUUGGUGUUGAAUUAUUGUGUGCGAGGAAGCCAUACAGCUGACUUAUAGAAGGUUGGUGGUUCUACCCAGGUGCCCCCCUUCCCCCUCCCUCAGUCUAUGCCUGAAAUAAUACUCAGCAGGCAACUGUGUCUUCCUCACCACCAAAAGCUGCAACAAAGCCACUGUAUGACAUAAUUGUGUCAGUUUGCCAUUAAAACCAACAAAAACAAAAAAACAAAAACAGUUGUGUUACAUUAUAAUAUGAUUUAUAUAUUUGCUUUUUAAGCAAUUAUGAUAUUUAAAAAUGUAUGGACAGCACUAUUUAUUAAUGAUUUGCAAUUCAUAGCCAUUUUCUGCAAAUAAAAACAGUUCAUUGUCAUAGAAAGUUUGUGAUUGAUCAUCGUAACAGAAAUAUCACAUUUAUACUUUAUACAUUUCCCCCACAUCUCCAGUUCAUUACACUGUUUCAUGAAUAGAUUGUGCUGUAUGUUUUAUGUAAACUAUUGUUACCUAUACUUGUUAUAAAUAUUGAUGAUUAUGAUCAUUAUUGAUGAAAGAAAUAAACUUUAAAGAUAA